UACUUAAGGGUUUCAAACCUGAGACCUCCAGGUUCUAUGCUAGUGAUAUUACCACUAGGCCAAGCCCGUGUUCAUAAUUUAUUAAAGCUGAGAGACGAAGUACAACCUCACCCUCACUUUACUGUUGCAGGUGACUCUAUCUUUUGGGAUGGCGAUAUGAUGGGAAAAUACUCUGUAAAAAAGGUGUGGGAGGUGUUAAGGCCCAAACUGCCUCAGGUUAGAUGGUUCUCUCUGGUCUGAAAAGGAAUUGGGGUUCCAAGAAAUCGGUUCCUGGUCUGGAUGAUCCUUAGAGGAAAAGUGACUACUAGAGAUCGAAUGAUUAACUGGGGAUAUGUUGGGCAUGUUCAGUGUGUGUUUUGUACUCAUCAGGUGGAAACCUAUGACUAUCUAUUCUCUCAAUGUGACUUUGUGAGGGGGUUAUUUCGCAGGUUGCUCAGUAAAGUGUAUCAAUGAGACCUACGCUUUGUGUGGUAGAAUGAGAUUGACUGGGCAGUUGGAGGUUUUAAGGGGUCGUUUGGGAGUUGCGAUUGUUUUGUUGAGAUUGUCAUUAUGCAUGUAUUCUUUACAAUGCAUCGUUUUUUUUUUUUAGCAGAAAUAAUACAUGGAUUGUUUCUGUGAUGUGACAGAAACUAUCACUCAUUUUGAGUGAUUGUUAUAUCUCAACUUUUAGUUGUGAUUGUUGAGUUGAGAUUGUUUUGUCUCAGCUUUUAGCUGAUGCGACAUACACAAUCACACAUACCAAACAUUGUAUUCUACAAUGCAUCAAAUUCGACAAUACAUGUAUAAUAUUAUACAUGCAUUCUCAACAAUACAUCUAUUUAACAAUCGCAACUUCCAAACGACCCCGGUUCAUCUCCAAAAGUGGUAGCUGGUCAUUUUAUUUGGUUUAGUUUACUCAGUAACUUGUGGAGGGAGAGAUGCAGGAGAGCAGCAGGUGACAAUCCUAGGUAUUUGGAAGUGUUGACAACAUGGAUUCAAACUGAAUCCGCAUGUCUCCUUCCCAGCCAGCCCCUAUCUCAGUUUUGGUGAUCAUUUUUUUUAAUGUAUUUACUCUUUUUUGUGGGGUUCUUAAUGAGUAUAUCGUAUAGCAUAUAGAAGCAAUCUUCCUAGUUGACAGGGAAUGUUGUCAACCAUACCUAUUUUAGGUGAUGGCAUGAAAUUAAAGCACGCAUUAGCUCAUCAAGUCCCUAUUGCAUGUGGCAAAAGCUCGAGUAGGAUGGCCUUAGUAGAAGGGAUAGAGUGAUGCUAAUGAUGAGUCAUUGAUGCAUGGUAUGAAUGAGUAUUGAUAUGUAUGAUACUACUCGAGUAUGUUUGUUUGUUCAAUAAUGUAUAUUUACUUUUAUGCAUCUAUAGAACUUGAAAACCACCUAAACAACUUUAUUCUUCUUGCCUUGUUUGGUUUAAUCGAAUGAAAGCCCCCAAAGUAUUUACUAUUCUUGUUCGAACAUAAAUGGUAUGGUGUGAGUAGUUAUGCAUUAGAAGAGCUUGUGAAAUACAACCCUGGGGAUUCUAGGACUUUUAAAACUUGCAUGAAUAUCACAUCAAGCUAUUAUUGGACGACAUAAAGGAAGAACUAAAGGUACAUUAGAGCGAUGAAAAAGUCACAAAGUUCAAUCAAAACCACUUGUUUUUCCCUCCUCUUUAUUUGCUUCUAUAAUAUACAAACUAUUAUACUAUUUUGUUAUAUGAAUAAUUUUAUUAAUAUUCGUAUAUGUAGGGUAAGAAGCUGAAAGCUAGUUCUUCUCAACAAGUUGGAAGUAGUACUGAACUGCAAGAUAGGAUAACCAACUUUUACUUUACCUUUUUUAUAUUCCAAUGAAACAUAUGAUUGGUCAAUUUAGGUGACGAUCAGACAUCGAUUUCAAAAUUCAAUUAUUAGUUCAAGAGGAGAGAACUUUGAAUUCUACGCCUGAUAUAAUCAAUAUAUCAUCCACACACUUGUUAGAAGUAUGAACUCAAUUCGAUUGUUUAUUUAUUUAUUUCUUCAUUUCUAUUAAAAGUCUUAAAACUAAUAUCAUUCUUAUCUUAAUUCACUUUGCAGGAUGCGAUGACAAAUCCACAUGCGCGCGGUCCUAAAAAAUGAUACAUUUUUUCCCUGAGUAGGAUUAUUAUUAUGUUUGAAAAGAUUAUUUUCGUAUAAUUAAUUGUAACUAGACUUAAUUCAUUUAAUAUUAUUUUCUUAGACGGUGCAUUUUCUAUGAGCGUCUUCUUAUUUAGAAGAUUCAUUUGCGACAACUCAUUUGAGAUUAAUUGACUUAUUCUAUGAGAAUUAUUCAUUUGAUAUUAUGUUCUUGGAACUUUGGAUUCUAUCAAUAUGAACCUACCUCUAGAUAAAAUAUGUCUUGUGCAUUAUUAGAACUUAAUAUGCGUCCAAUAGUAUGUGAAUGAGAAAAAGUCUGUAUGCAUAUUAUUAUGGCAUUUCUCUCCGCCCAAGUAUUCUCAAAAUAGUAUUUUCCCAAAAAAAUUACUCUCCAAAUCUACACAUCUAUCUACAUCUACAUCUACACAAUAAAUAAAAGCCAAAUGAGAAAACUUACCGCACACAUGCGGAUUUUUUUUUCCUCCGUGGAACGGGUCAACUUACCGUACACAUGUGGAUUUAAACGGGUCAGGAGUGUCAAUUUUUUUUCUUUAAAUCCUAUUAUUUCUCCGUGGUGGUAAAAUAUAUAUGAAAAGGCAAAAAACAAUACUCUUUUUUAUUGCUAAAAAGAAAAAAAAAUUAACAAUAAACUAAUGCGUGGAUUCUAAUGGGCUAACCGCUAAUCAUAAAAUAAAAGAGUUGAAUGGGCCUGACCUACACAGGAUUUGCCCAUCAAGUAAAACAAAUGAACAUCAUGGGUUUGUCAUUCUAAAACAAGCUAUUUUCUCUAGCAUAAUAUAUAUUAUGCUAUUAUUUUAUAUCUUAGUGGCUAAAAUAUAAUGUAUUUUAAAGUUAUUCAAUAGUUCAACCUCGACCAACCCAAUUAGUCCAAUUUUUAUCAUUUCAAAUAUAUAUUAUGUAAUUAUUUGAUAUCAUAAUGAUUAAAUUAUAUUGUAUAUUAUAGGGAAUCGUUUGGUAUUUGUUAGUAAAAAAACUAAACAGAAAGUUAUUUUUAACAUUAAAACGAUCCUAAAUAUUUUCAGUUUCCUUUCGAAAUUCUAUAGUUUUAUUCUCGAAUAGUGAUGUGCAAAUGUCAAAUUGCAGUCAUCUCUUUUCUUUCAUUAUUUUUUUUAUUUUCAAAUAGAAAGUUUAAAAGUAAAGAAUAAUUAGAGUUUGGCAUGGGUCGCUCAAACAGGCUGAAUUUCAAGUUUUGGCCCGUUUUGAUCAAUUGAUAAUCACAUGGUUCCCUGAUACCCGAUAAAAAUCUCAAUCCAAACCAGUUUGGCAGGAGAGUCCGUGUUUACCACUAUUUUCUAGGGGUACAGGAACGUUGGUUCCUAUCCCAAAUCGUGUUGUUCAUUCUUGAUUUCUUUAGAUUUCAUCAUGGCUUGGCAAAAAACCAGAAAGCACAAUGAUGACAAUAUGAAUUUAGUAAAAACUAUCAACGAUUGUGAGAUGCUCAUUUUCCGAAAACCGGCGGGAUAAGCCGAAUUCAGUUUCUAUAAAACUUACUCUACCUCAUCAUAUUACCAGAAACAAUAUUGUUUCACAAGGUAACAAGUACUUGAUUUUGGUUCAUAAGGCUGAUUUUUGAUUCGUUGCAUUAUUCAUGUCUCUUUCCUACUAAAAUUCACUGUUUGUAUCACGUGUUUCCAAAAAAAAAAAACUAUACAACAAUAAGCUAUACACUUCAUUACAUUAUCAAAUUUCAUACCUCACCUUCCUCCGGUCAAAUGGUCGGGGCCCACGCUAGUAUAGUAUAUAAAAGGGGGUCGUUUGGAGAAUUUGAGUUUAAAUUUAUUGAUUGUCAACAAUCUAAAAUUCUAACUCUUUGGAUUAUUGAAAAUAGAUUUUAAAAUGUUUAUUGUUUGGUAACCGUGAUUGUUAACAUUCAAUGAAAAUAAAAAUAAAUCUUUUAUAUUAAAUAACAUGUUUAUCCUUAAUAAAAAAUUUAGAGUAGUUCGAGAAAUAUUAAAAACUUUUUUAGUAAAUAUAUUUAAUAUGAUACAUAAAUAAAAGAAAGAAAAAAAGGUAGGAGAAAAAAAAUCUCACGAAUCCAUAUAGAAUCUCUCUGAUUAUGAGAGAUUUGAUAUCCAUAGAUUUUAGAGAUUCGAAAUCUCUAAAGCUAAAAUCCACAAUACAAAAGGUAACAAAAAAACAUAAUUUUCUACAAAAUCAACGGAUUCAAUGAAUCCACGCCCUAAAUCCCGUUCUCCAAACGACCCCUAAAUCUAAAAAAAAAAAUAUUUACAAAGGAGUCCAAAAUAAAUUAACACAAAAAUCUCGUCCUUCCCGCCCAUCCGAAUUCCAUUUCUCUUAAUUCCGUCGAAAAUAUUACCGGUUAAUAAUUAAUUUAUAUAAUUUUAAAAAAAUAGUGGGGUGGCACGUGGAAAUGUAGCACCGUUGGGCUACAAUUAGUACAACAGCCACAUUUGACCCUGUCAAAUAUUGUUUGGCUCGAUGUAUUUAUUGCUAUAAGAGUGAUUUACAACUUCAAGCAUAUAGUAAAUAGUGUUUAAGAGUCGAGUCCGGUCACUUACCAAAAAGGACCCGUGACAAUUGAUCGUGAUUAAUAAAAUUCAGACGAAAACUCUAAUGGAGGGCUAUAUUUGAAAACUUUAUUGUAGUAAAGCGGCAGAUUUAAUAUGAAAAAUUGUAAAGGGACAAAUUUUGAAAAUUUUAUAUAAUAAAGAGACAUAUUAUACUCAAAUUCAAUUUCAUCUAUACAAUAAUAAUAUACUUAAUACAAUACUAAAAGGGUCAGUGUGGAUUUUUGGAGUUUGCAUCAAAUAAAAACACAAAAGAAUCAAAAUCCAACUGUGUUCUAUAAAGGGUGAAUUGAUCUCCAUCGGUUUCCAAGAAGUUAAUUACCCGAAAUUGAAACAAAUAAAUUGAAGCGGAUCGCUAUCAUAAAGUUGAGGGUGAGGUAAAGAUGGGAAAUGGGCGAAACUGGCCGGUAACACAAAUGUUUUUCCGCCAACUAAGGUCGUUCACUCACAAAUCACAAUUCACUUCCCAAUCAAUCUCUUUUUCCCUAGAGACUCGCUGAUCUCCUCAAUCACUCAUCCAUUCUUCAUGCUUCCAUUCAUUUUCCUCCCAACCCUCCAUUCUUCCUUUCUAUUCUACUCUACCGUGAAAAACAAAUGAAAUGUCCGCAGUUGAUCAUAGCGGUCGUGAAUCCCUUGCCGGCUUGACCCUUGAUGCCUUGUUGGGAAAUAAUAAUAAUAAUAAUAAGAGAUCCUCCGCUCCAGCCACCGCGGCGGCGCACAUGAACAAGCAGACCCUACUCGAUAUCAUCCGCGAUGAAGAUCCCCACCGCUCCUUGUUUGGGCAUAAGGAUAAGAAGAGCUGGAAGGCGUUCAGAGAAAGGCUUCGGCUUCGGAGAGCAGGAGCUGCGUGGAUUUCCUCCAUUCAGAUCCCCACAUCCGAUCUUCCGCCCAUCCAGAAAACCAACUUCUACGGGAAUGCUGCUCCUCCUCCUAGGUCUAUGAUGUCUCGUCGCAACUCUGUCCGAUUCACAACCAUUUCAUCAAAUUCUGACCCCGAGUCCAUACCACAAAUAAUGUCGCGUCGAAGUUCCAAUAGGUACGGGUCUGCAAGUGGUCAUACAGAUGGGGAAGAGUACUUUGCAGUGGACACUCCUGCCGUUGGCGAUGAUGAGAUUCCGGCUCGAAGCUUUAGACCGCAGAUGUCACGGCGGAACUCCCUUCGGACAUCGACUCCUGGGAUGCAUGAUGAUGAGGAGGAGGAAGCUGCACACCAUGGGAAUCGACGAGUAGAGGAGAGGGUAUUGUCAGCCAGGGAGGCAAUUGCAGCGCAGGAGGCUGCGGAAGCAGCAGCUGCCGCACAAGAGGAGGAAGAGGAGGAGGAAUUUAAUGAUGUUGGGGAUGGAGGAGAGGGAGGAAUGGGGAUGUCACUUAUGGAUUUGUUGGAGGAGACUGAUCGACAGAUGGGGUUUGAAGGGGCGAGGUAUGUUGUAGGGGAUCAGGACAUUGAUGAACAAACUUACAGCUAUGAGGAUGAGGAUGAUGAUGAUGAUGAUGGCGGGACGACGGAGCAUACGUGUUGUGUGUGCAUGGUCAGGCAUAAAGGCUCUGCGCUCAUUCCAUGUGGUCAUACCUUCUGUCGACUCUGCUCAAGGGAGCUUUGGGUUCAAAGAGGGAAUUGUCCAAUCUGCAAUGGUUUCAUCUUAGAAAUUAUUGAUAUCUUCUAAUUCAAUUCUCUUUCUUUUGGUAUUAUCUAGACGAGGAACACUUUUUUAUUUGCUCCAACAUGAAUAUAUACAAGUAUUCACUUUGACCAUGUUCAUCUGUUUCGUCAAUUUUUAACGAUUCAGGUAUAUAACAUAAGCAAAAUCAUUAAAAACCUACUUACAUAAAAAAUUGGUUUCUAGUAAUGGGAAUUUUACCCUGUAUGAGGAAGUACAUCAACCGUCACGCAAAAAAUAUCUUGUAUGUAAUUGUAUCACUACAUUCACCGAAAUUAAUAAAAUUAUUUUUGAGCCUUAGUUCACGUGAUUAAUUUUUUAUUACAGUAAAAUUCUAGUGGAUAACAUGAAAAAAAUUCAUUAAUUCUUCUGUGAUUAAUGGUUUAUCUUCGGUCAUCUUUUUUUUCUCGUUCUGAUAAAUAUCUUCCUGUACAUUUUACAGUCAUCGGAACUAGAAAGCCAAAUAUAGUUCCAAAAAUCUUAGGUCACUUAAUGUCGAAUGUCAGGUGAUGACAUUGGGUUUUGUAUGCAUGGACGACCUGAUUGGGUGUCGCACAUUUCCACUACUAGGAAUGGACCAACAACGUACAACCCAUUACCUACAGCCCAGCUCGCAUCAGGCUACGUCCCAGGUGUGUCAUGCACGGAGUGGAAUCCCAACCCAACAAGGUUGCGGUUUGAUAGCUUGUCCCAGUUGUAAAACCCUAGAUGAUUGGAACUUGGAAGAAGGGGUAUAUAUACUGUGUAAGGCCAUCGGCCACAACCUAAGAGAGUCUAAUAAAAUAUCAGCGGGAGAGUUCAUCUCUCCCGUGGACUAGUCCUGACAAUCGGGGAUACCACGUAAAUUUCGUAUGUUGCGUACUCUGUUAUGUAUCUCCGAUUGUCACAAGAUCAAUUGUAACAGAGUACGCAACACACUAAAUUUACGUGGUAUCCCCGAUUGAUUCUUACUUGAUAAUAUUGAGUUCAUAUUCAAUCUAUGCACGUUUUCAUGAUUCAAUUAUACUUUAGUCGAGAUUAUUGAUUCUGCUUUGAUCCUAUGAGAGCGAAUACCUGAUUAGGUCAAUAGAGCACCAUAGAUUAAUAGUAUUGGAUCGAUUGCUUUAGUCGAGGGUUGAUUCACUGCUUUGUAUCGAUUGAGAACCUCUUUCGAUAGAGGGAGUCUAGUUUAGAACGCCUUGAUCGGUUGUUCUAGAGAAGGAUACGUCCCUCUAGGCAAUUGACUCAAGAGAGCCUUGUUCCUUUAGUCGAGACUCAAGGUCUAGUCAAGGAUUCUCCGCAUUGUGAAUGAAAGUGAACCAGGUUAAAGAUCAUCAAUCAUUAAUCUGGCUAGUGGCUAGGGGGAAUCAUACCUAAGUGAGUUCCCAACCUGUAAUUAGAUUAACUUUAACUGUAGUUUGUUAGAGUAGUUUUAGUUCUUCCAUCUUAAUCUGGUUUGCUAGAUAAUGAAUUGAAGCUGAGUAAUAGUAACUCUAAAGACCCGUGGAUUCGAUAUUUAUUACUUGAGCCACUAUACUGCAGUCCCUUUCAUUGGUUACACUUGGCCAUUGUUAGGUGUCGUGUUUUAGCGUGUCAAGUAGUCAUCACAUCUAGGACCCGAGUUGACACUAAAACCCAAACCCGAUAUACUACGCUUUAGGAAGUGGUUGCACUUGGCCAUUUUCUAGAGUGACAGUAGGAGUGAGUCACUCUGCCUCAUCUUUGACCAUUCUCCCAUAAAAUAGAAACUUCAAAAGCAUUGAGUUUUUAAAAAAAAUUCUUAAUGGAC